GUCUGCGCCGGUCAGUCCGUUGGCAGCCAAUCAAGCGAACGGUCAGCGAGGAGAAUGUCUGCCAGCAAAGGAGUUUGGCUGUUCGCAGCACUGCUGCUGAUAGCUGCAAUCGGUGGCCGGGGGGAAACGGUGCCGUGCAAAGUGAAGGAUGUGGAGCAGGGAAAGGUGUGCGUGUGCACUGCGGACUACUGCGACUACUUGGAGAAUCCCACGCUGACGGACGUCACAGAAUUCGCACUGGUUUCCAGCUCCAAGCAGGGUCUGCGAUUCGCCACAUCCAGCGGACACUUCGAGGCUGGGGCCAAGUAUACUGUGCAGGACUAUGUGGAGCCUGUCCCAGAGGCCAAAAACGAGACCAUUUUCUCGCGCCUGCUGGAUCAGGCCUUGGCCAGUGCCUUCAUCUUGGAGUCCCGCGAGAGCAACAUCACCCGCUACGUGACACUAAAAGUGAAUCGCAGUAAGACACACCAGACAAUGGAGGGUUUUGGUGGCAGCUACACCGGUGCCGUAUCCUACCUAGUGGACAAUUUCAAGCAGUCUGAACUCGCCGAUCAUCUGUACAAGUCCUUCUACGCGGAGGAAGGACUGGGCUUUAAUCUGAUGCGAAUAUCGAUCGGCGGCUGCGACUUUGACCUCAGUGCCUGGGCCUAUGCCGAGGAAGAGGGCAACACAGAGCUCGACGGCAUGGACGAGCUAGACGAACGCGAUGUGCUGCGUGUGGGCCACAUCAAACGGCUAGUCGAGGUCUCGGCCGUAAAGAAUCUACGAAUUAAGGGUGCGGCCUGGAGUGCCCCGCCAUGGAUGAAGACCAACAACAGGUGGACAGGAUUCGGACGACUCAAGAAGCAGUAUUAUCAGACCUGGGCCGACUACCACCUCAAGUGGCUGAAACUGAUGCAGGAUAAUGGACUGCCCAUCUGGGCCAUUUCCACAGGCAACGAGCCACUGAACGGCAUCUUCUUUAUGUACUUUGUGCAGUUCAUGAGCAUGGGCUGGACCCCGCAGACGCAGGCCGUCUGGUUGAACGACUAUCUUGGGCCAACGAUCCGAAACUCUGAAUUCAAGGACAUCGUCCUGUUCGGCAACGAUGAUCAGCGCUACUCCUUCCCACACUGGUUCAAAAUGAUGAAUUACACGCGCCCCAAUUCGGUCGAUUACCUGGACGGAUUAUCGCUGCACUGGUAUUGGGAUGAGAUUUUCGGCAACAGUCUUAUCGAUGAGACCACCGCUUACGCGCCCGACAAACUGCUAAUCGUCUCCGAGUCGUGCAUCGGCGAUAAGCCCUGGCAGAGAGCAGCCCCCGUCCUGGGCAGCUGGGAGCGGGCUGAGAAAUACAGUCGCGCCUUCUUGCAGAACAUUCAGCAUGGCUUCCACGGUUGGAUCGAUUGGAAUAUCAUUUUGGACGAGGAGGGCGGCCCCAACUAUGUGGACAAUACUGUCGACGCCCCAGUCAUUGCCAAUACCACAACCAAUGAGGAGUUCUACAAGCAGCCCAUGUUCUAUGCCAUGGGCCACUUCUCCAAGCUGGUGCCAGAGGGUUCCAUACGGGUCGAUGCACUGCCCAGCAAUGUCAAUCUGGAUAGCGUUGCCUUUUUGCGGCCGGACAAGAAGAUUGCCGCCGUGCUCUUCAACAGCGGACGCGCCGAUUUGGACAUUACUGUGGUGGACAGUGAGCGCGGCCAGUUUACGGUCAAUGUGCCCGCCAAGUCCAUUCACACCUUGCUGUACAGCUGAACACAUUUUUGAAAUAAACAA